AUGUUCAUGUGUGUUGCACGGCGCCUCCACGAUGAGAAAGAUAUCGAACCCUUACUGGUGUUGUUUUGGAAAAAUUUUACAGCUUUCAAGCAGUGUAUGGACCGUAAAAUCCCAGGGACGACUCAGCAUGAUAUCAACUGUCAUUUUGCCCAAGAAUAUCACAACUUCCCACGUUCGUCCGAAUAUCUAUCACACACACCAUAUUCUUCCCACUCUGCACCUCCCAGACCUCAGAUCCAAACUGUGUCUCAAGCUGCUUCAGCAAUACCAUCACCAUAUCCCAUAUCUUCGGUUGCUGGUACCAGUCAGCCUGCGACAAAUUCACCUGCUUUAAGCCCACUUGGUGGACCUCUGCACCCGUUUACCCCGAGCCCAAACCCACCCCAGGGCCGGGCUAUUGGCUCAGCUGCUGGGUCCUUUCAAUUUGGCGUAAACCCACAAGCGCAAAAUACCCCACAGCAUCACUAUUACAACGCCAUGUCACAGGGGCAGGGGCAGGGACAGAGACAGGGACAGUGGUAUCCGGUGAAUUCACAUAUGAAUCCAAACAUGAAUCCACAAAUGCAAAUGCACAUGCAGACAGCGCUUGGACAGGUACCACCUUCUCGGAGACCCCAACAACCGCCGGUUUCACAUGCUCAACAAAUGCAGCACCGAACAACAAUGCCCCAAACUUCAGUCGCGCCUGUCAACGCCUCCCUCCAAUCGAGUGCUCUCACCUCUACACAGUCAGCGGAGACACCCCACGCUCCAUCGCCCAUAUCCACGACGACAACUACAAUGAAUCAUAUGGCGCAGUACCCACCACCACAAAGGCCUAAUAACCGACAGCGUUCGAUAAAUUCGCAAUCCUCUGCUUCGCCGAUCAGAUAUGCGCCUCAGAGACAAAAUCUCCAGGCUUCAACCAACUCUGCCUUCCUCCCAUUACCUGGCUACAGAGCACCAAUGAUGGUGAAUCCAAAUCCAACGCGUCUCGGCCUACACCUGGUUGAUCUACACGAUCCUAUGAAGAAACUGGUAAAACAUGGCUCAGAUGGAGGUGACAUUGAGACUGAUUUGUUUACCUAUCCCAUCACCUUCGUUGUAUACCCAACUGUCGUCAGCGUUGAUCAGCCGACCUACACCUGGAAUUUCUCUUUCACGCACGAUGAACGCCAAAAGUUCCCACAUAUAGCUCACGGACAAGAAGGCCAACAUUCGGUCUGGACCUUCGGGCCUGGUUGCCGGACUAUUCGCCUGCGAUGCAUUCGUCUACCUGGGAAUCCGGAUACUGUGACGGAGCAGACCUGGUCUACCACGAGCACAUUCUGGCCCAGUGUCUUUUACAUUACUGUAAACGGAAAAGAGCUCUAUGUGCGCCGGAAGGUUCAUAACGGAAAAGAUUUGCCUUUGGAUAUCACUGAAUACCUUCAAACUGGCGAAAAUAGCCUGCGACUUGAUAUGAUCUUAGGACAGGAUGAGUGUAAGACCUCCAAGUUUGUCUUUGGAGUGGAGGCUUUGGAGAUCGCCGAGUUCGACCAAAUACUCAGCCUGAUCCAAUCCGUCCCAGCAGCCGACUCUCGUGCAGCAAUCCAAAAGCGGCUUUCUCCUACCACCGACGACGAUGACCUGGCAGUUGUCACCGACAGCCUCACUAUCGACCUAGUGGAUCCCUUCAUGGCACGCAUCUUUGAUGUCCCCGUUCGCUCGCGCCACUGCAAUCACCAUGAAUGCUUCGACCGUGACACUUUUAUAAUAACCAGGAAAUCUGUAUCCGGCCCGGCCCCAAUGGUCGAUAACUGGCACUGUCCGAUCUGCAGGGCAGAUGCACGCCCGCAGUUCUUGGUCGUCGAUCAGUUCCUUGCCGAGAUCCAUGCCGAGCUCACCCGUACAAACCGACUUGACGGAGUCAGAGCAAUUCAGAUUAAAGUCAAUGGAACCUGGGCCCCCAAGUAUGACACUAAUGAGACCUCGCCCGAGGAAAACAAACACUUUUCUCCGAAGCGCAAGGCCGAAGACACACCCGGGCCCGUUGCCGUGCGCCCUAGAAAAGAUGGUUUUAAUAGUAGUAGCAGCCCGGCUGUUCGCACGCAAGAACCCACAGUAAUUGAACUGGACUAA